UCUCUGUCUCCUCCGAGAGCCCAGAAACCCUGUGUCCAUCUCUCUCUCCCUCUCGCUCCUUUCGGCUGGUGAAUGAGCGCUCUGACGCCUCAAGACUAAUGGAACAACUUCCGAGCAAUUGCCGUCAACCACCUGCGCUGGGAUCCUCCCACCUCUUCGCCGACAACCUCAAGGGGUUCCUCCUCGCCGUCGCAUCCAGUGCCUUCAUCGGCACCAGCUUCAUCGUCAAGAAACAGGGCCUCAAGCGCGCCGGCGCCACCGGCUCCCGAGCCGCUGUUGGUGGCUACGGAUAUCUUAUGGAACCACUUUGGUGGAUCGGAAUGGUUACGAUGAUUGUUGGCGAAAUUGCCAACUUUGUGGCUUACAUUUUUUCUCCGGCUCUUCUUGUAACGCCUCUGGGCGCUUUGAGUAUUAUUGUGAGUGCGGUUUUGGCUCAUUUCAUAUUGAAGGAGAAGCUACAGACAAUGGGUGUCUUAGGGUGUGUGCUUUGUGUUGUGGGUUCAACUGUCAUCGUGCUCCAUGCUCCAGAGGAGAAGACACCGACUUCUGUUGAACAGAUUUGGGGUUUAGCGACGCAGCCAGCCUUUCUUCUGUACACACUUUCAGCUAUUGCUGUAUCUCUGGUGCUUAUGCUGCACUAUUCUCCACGGUUUGGGCAGACAAACAUAAUGGUGUACUUGGGCAUAUGCUCUGUAAUUGGUUCACUGACGGUUAUGAGUAUUAAGGCCGUAGGAAUUGCAAUCAAACUCACAUUGGAAGGCAUCAAUCAAGCUGUUUACUUCCAGACAUGGGUAUUUGCAAUGGUGGCCAUCUCCUGCAUCAUAAUUCAGUUGAAUUACUUGAACAAGGCAUUAGAUACUUUCAAUACUGCAGUUGUUUCUCCAGUCUAUUAUGCCAUGUUCACAAUUCUUACUAUUUUAGCAAGUGCAAUUAUGUUCAAGGAUUGGUCUGGGCAAAGUGCAAGUGAUAUUGCAUCAGAGAUUUGUGGGCUUAUUACAGUAAUUUCUGGAACUACUGUAUUGCAUUCUACAAGAGAGCCUGAACCUCCUUCCUCUUCAGAUCUAUACACACCUUUCUCUCCCAAAAUAUAUUGUCACAUUCAAGGAAAUGGUGAGAUGGGAAAGCUGAAAGAAGAUGAUUUGUUGUCUGAGGAGUUUGUUGCAGUGGUUCGACAGGAUCAUUUCACUUAAUUCAUCGGCAUGGCUCACUGCUCUCAUUCUACAGCUCAUUCGCUGCAUGGAAGACCUGCAGAGUUCUAGCCCAGCCAUGUCAAACUAAAAUAGACAAUUGAUGUCUUCUUUGGGGGUGCUUAUGGUCUCUAGUUACUGGUUUCCAUUUACAUUUCAAAUAGCCCCUUCCAUUUUUGAUAUAUUAGCUUCACGAGAGCGACGAUUUUUAGUAUCUUGCUGCUGAGUGAGUUGUGGUCGUUUUUUCUUCUUCUAAGAGUAAGAUCUUUAGGUCUAAAGUGUUAUUCAUCUCUAUAUCUUUAUUUUAGCAAGUACUUGCAAGUCUUGUGAUGUAAUUUGCUGUAUAGUCAUUCUUUCACUGGAAAGGCAAGUCUUUAGUUCAAGAACUUGCUUGAUUCGCUGCAUUAAGGAGAAGUUAGCAUUAUGAGCUUGUAAGUUUGUUUUAUUUUCAAAGAUGCUACAGUUAAUGUUAAGAGCUGAUUUCAUUUA